UCUCAUUGCGCAUGCCUGACCCCAUUGACCCUAAUAUGGCGAAAAACAGAAAUGCAUAAAUUAAAGAGUUCACAGAAGGACAAAGUAAGGCAGUUCAUAGCCUUUACGCAGACGGGAGAGAAGUCAGCGAUCACUUGUCUCUCCGCUUUCGAUUGGAAACUGGAUGUAGCAGUUGACAACUUUUUCCAAACCCCAGACCGUUACAGUUGUGAUUCCAGAGUAACGGUGGACAGAAAGAGACUGGAACAACUAUGGGGAAGAUACAAGGAUCAAAAUGAAGAUGACAAAAUGACAGUAGAUGGUGUAAUGAAAUUCCUGGAAGAUCUCAAUCUUAGUCCAGAGUCAAGAACAGUCCUCCUCAUUGCAUGGAAGUUCAAGGCAGCUACUCAAUGUGAAUUCACUAAAGAGGAGUUUAUCACAGGAAUGGCUGAUCUCGGAUGUGAUAGUGUAGAAAAACUUAAAAACAAAUGUCCAGGGCUGGAGCAGGAAAUACGAGAUCAGAACAAGUUUAAAGACUUCUACCAGUUUACAUUUAAUUAUGCCAAAAAUCCAGGACAAAAGGGUCUAGAUUUGGAAAUGGCUAUAGCAUAUUGGAAUAUAGUUUUAUCAGGAAGAUUUAAAUUCUUAAAACUAUGGAGUGACUUUUUGACGGAACACCACAAGCGGUCGAUCCCCAAGGACACGUGGAACCUCCUUCUGGAUUUCUGUGCAAUGAUAAACGAGGACAUGACAAACUACGAUGAAGAAGGAGCAUGGCCAGUCCUCAUCGACGAGUUCGUAGAAUAUGCAAAACCUUUGAUUCAGGGACCCCGCAGUACAACAGUAUGAUAGUGAAUACCAACUUUUAACGUGUGAACUAUUUAAUUUUUACAUUCUGUAUGAACAUGUAGACAACAGAGAAACAGCAGUGGAAGAGUACGAGAGGGUGACCUUUCAACUAACAACAAAAGAUGUUAGGCCAAUGCAAUGUAUUUCUGUUGUCAAAGUUUAUCCACGAGGGGGGCGAAACACAUUUUUGUUUUGUCUAUAACUAGAUGGGGAAAUUUUGUUAUUGUUGCUGUUUGUUACUGAGAUACAUGUAAUCUAUCUUAACGACUGGUAACUUUUUUUUUUUUUUUUUUUUUUUGAAAAUGAUAUAUAUCUGCAUCUAAUUCCAAUGUCAUCACCACAUUGUUAAGCUCUAGUUCUAGGUAUCCUUGUCUUAAUCUUCCGCACUUACCGUAUAACUUCUAAACUUAAAACUUAAAAUUAUCAAGACAAAUGGGUUCAAAUCUGCAUCUAACCCUUUCACCACUGUAGACCCUGAUGAACUCAUCCAGAUCAAUGCAUGGAUGAGUCUACUAAAGUUACACAGGGGUGAAAGGGCUAAUAUUCUAAAUUUAAUUUGGUGUCCCAGGUCUGUUUGCGCUAUUAAAGUGCCACUGUAAGAAUACAAUAAAACCGCAGUAUAAGGCUUUUUCACCUUGCUUACUGCCAACAUUUGCGGCUUGCUUAAUUUCUUUGUACAACUUCCUCAAAGUUUCACCAAAGACCUUUUUCUCACAUUUUUACCAGUGAUAUAAAGUGACAAAUUACAUUUUGUUAUUUUCAACAAAAUGAACAAAAAAUUUCAAUUGUGACAUCACUGACAUCAUGAAAUUUUUUUAUUUCAACAUUACUAUACACAAUUCAUUGUCUCAGUAUUUAACGGCUGUGGCGGAUUAUCUACUCAUGGAAAAAUAAAUGUAGUGAAUAGUUAUAUUCCACUCGACCUUAAAUGACCUUAGCUGUUAAUAGGACAUUAAACAAAAUUAAACAAAACCAAUUGUUGGUUGAAUUUGUUUUCAUAUUUUCACUUGUGUAUGCACUCAUAGAAAUAUAAAAUACUGGCCCUCUAUAUAAUGCCAAAAAAAAUCUGAAAUAAAUGUGGCAGUAUAAGAAGAAUUGACUGUCAUUCCUGUAUAACCUCUUUGUUAAGUUGGUUGAUUUUGACUUUAUCACUAGAAAUUAAUUUUGAAAACUGUUAGUCAGUCGGACUAGUAGUUUCCCAGCGUACUAGUCCAUGUGCAAAUCCCACUAACCCAGUAUUACUCAACAUGAUAAGUAUUAUCGAUUUUAGACAACCCAGUUGGGCUAGCAGUUUUUAGAACCACUAGUCCAGCUGGAGAUUUCACUAGCCUCAGACUAUCGGGCUACCCUUAUUGUUGAGAACUGUCACUGCUAUAUAUCAAAACUUAAAGAAAACAUUACAGUAUUUAGAGUGGGCAGACAUUGAGAUAUUAGAGAAGUUAUAUUCAUUUUGUAGGCAUGUUCCUAACUCGUAAGGUGAUAUUUACCAGAUCUAGGCCUCGUAAGGUGAUAUUUACCAGAUAGGCAACAUAUACCAGAUCUAGACCUCGUAAGGUGACAUUUAACAGAUCUAGGCCUCGUAAGGUGAUAUUUACCAGAUAGGUGACAUAUACCAGAUCUAGGCCUUGAAAGGUGAAAUUUACCAGAUCUAGGCCUUGUAAAGUGCCAUUUACAAGAUCUAGGCCUCAUAAGGUGACAUUUACCAGAUCUAGGCCUCGUAAGGUGACAUUUACAAGAUCUAGGCCUCAUAAGGUGACAUUUACCAGAUAUAGGCCUCAUAAGGUGACAAUUUUCAGAUCUAGCCUUGUAAGAUGAUAUUUACAAGAUAUAGGCCUUGUAAGGUGAUAUUUUCAAGACCUAGGCCUCAUAAGGUGACAUACCAGAUCUAGGCUUGUAAGGUGAUAUUUUACCAGAUCAAGGUGAUAUUUUACCAGAUCUAGGCCUCAUAAGGUGAUAUUUUAUCAGAUCUAAGCCUCAUAAGGUGACAUUUUACCAGAUCUAGGCCUCAUAAGGUGAAAUUUUACCAGACUAGGCCUCAUAAGGUGAUAUUUUACCAGAUCUAGGCCUCAUAAGAUGACAUUUAACCGGAUCUAGGCUUCAUAAGGUGAUAUUUACCAGAUUUAGGCUUAAAAUAGCAAUGAUGACAUUGAAUUCCUUAGUUUGUUGGAUAGAAUUACUUAAGAUAAAUUAAUUUGAUUAUGAUUUUUUUGUUAAUCAUGCAUCUUUUUUUGUGAAAAGUGUAAGAAUUCACACCAAGUCUCAUAAUCAUCCGCAAAUUAUAUUUAUCAGAAACUGUGCAGUAGAUCUUGGGUUUUUUAUGCAUUUAAGUGUAACAGUAUAUUUAUAUAGAAAUGAAUUACCAUUAUUAUGGAAAGUAAAUGUGAAUACUUAAAUGUGUGGAUUUUUUUCCCCCACAGAAUCCUUAUAGAAAGUGAUGGUACUGUGGUAUUUAUGUUAUUAAACGAACAUUUGAUAUAUAUAUGUUAUCCUCAUCAAUAUAUGUGGUAAAAUAUAUUCCAUGGGCAGAUAUGUAUUUCAAGCUCAGUGCAAAGUAAGCCAAUACUCUUGCAUAAAGAAAUGGCCUGUUUCCAAUGUAUGAAAUGUCCCAGUGACUUUGAACACAUACAGUGAUACACUAAAUAGUACCUCAAAUCCAGGAGAGUUCUCAUCCAGGUUACUGCGGGAGUUACACUCGCUUACGCUCUCUGCACCCCUGGUAUAUGUCAUAGCAAAAUUGAAGGCAUGCAGCCAGCUAUUUGAUUGGUCUCGGGUAAAAAAACACCUGACCAAUCGCAAUGCUGACACCUGUCCUUGGAAGAUCACAGAGGAGUGAUACCCGACUUCAAAGCCGGUCAAUUUUACUGUUUUGCUUGCCAUUGACUUCUUUUGAUGUACAUCAAAGGAUCAAACAGUCUUCUUGUCUCAUCAACAAGGUGGCACAGACUGAGCCUUCAAUUUUGUCAUGACAUAUUCGAGGGGUGCAGACAACGUGAGUGAACGUAACACCUUAAGUAUGGAGGAUGGAGAGAUCUAGGCUUCUAACAAAUCUUGUUGUAUUACAGUGUGUUGAGUUUGAUAUUUUUUUCAAAAGUUUGAUUUCUAUGUUAUCCAUGAAAGAUGUAUAGGGAUGCACUUUAGUGUUAACCAAAAAAACACAUGAGUAUUUCCUAAGGAAAUUCUUGCAGGAAACUUUUCAUAAAAUCACAAAAAUCAUAGUUUCCUUGAUACUCGAAUUGUUCACAGAGCAAAUAUUAUGAUUAUAUUCUAAUCCACAAUUUAAUUUAUUACAAAGAUCUUGGGGGUUUAUUGGUUUCUGCUAACUUCAAUUUUUAAUCUUCCAACAGUCUUUGCCACUUAAGGUGGAAAGUUCCACCAGUUUUCUACUGGUCAUAAGUCAUACCCACGUCGUGAUGCUAGGCAUUGAAGAGUUACCUGUUUAAUUUCGAUUGUCACAAUUUGAUUCUAAUCUAAAUUUGUUAUAAUUACUGAGCCAUUCCAGGGAAACUGUUAAAAUUAUCAUUCAAAGUGAAUUUGCAGAUAAACUUGUAUUAACAACUACCGGUACUAUAAAAUGCACUUGUCAAAAUGUAUGUCCUGUUUUUCACUAGUUGUAGAUUAAGGAUGUUUUUUCAAGUGUGAUUUUUAAGACUUUAUGUGUAAGUGUUUUUCCAAGAUGAAUCUCCUAAUGAAAUGAUUUUAAAUAAGAAUUGAAAAAAAAAUCUGCUCUUUUACUUAAAAAAAAAAAGCAAAAUGAAGUGGGGUGAAAUUGGAAAUGGAAAUUGAUGUGUGAUAAAUCAAAUUUACCUGAUCAUAUGCAGUCUUCGUCUGCAAUUUGAUCUGAAGAAAAAUUGAAAUGUGAGGUUAUGCACUCCUGGUUUGAAAUGGAUUGUUUUAGCCUUGUUGGUCUGUACGGUCACAUACCAGUUACUACACAGCUACAAAGGAAAUUUUAAGGAAAUAUAUUUACACAUAAAAUACAUUUGUUACAAUUAUUUGGCUAUUUAAACGUAGAACCAGGGAUCAAUCCAUAUUCCUUGUUUUUAAAACAAUUCUCAGACUGACUUUGAAAUUUAAUCUAUCAAUAAUUUGACUCCAAGACUUUUGUGAUGCCACAAUAUAUUGGAAGUCAGGGGCUUAGCUGCCUAUACGCUGGUAUGCAGGUUUAUCCACCAAAAAAACUGCUUGUUUUAUCCCCUUGUCCUCUUAACGAGGCCCUGCCCUUGACCCGCUCCGAAAUCAAUCCUCUCCUAACAAGGGCUAGUUACACCCCUGGGAGUCUGGGACACCUUGAAGUUGUGACAUCACAAUUGAAAUAUUAAUAACAGCCAAUCAUAGCUUCGCUCUAAGUGUUUUUAACUUGUUCACCCCUCAAGAUACAUUUGAACUCUUCCAAUUCAAAGGUUGUAUUAGUUCAUUAUGAAAUUUCAGGGGCAAACAAGUUAAACAUAUGUUUAUGAGUUAUGCCACUGUUAACAGGGUAGUUGUGUGCUGAGUAAGUGUGGUGGUUUUGAUUAAAAAGUCACCAGUUCGUGACCUCUUAUGCGGUGUUUUCAGAUCGUAGACAUUGAUGUAUAAGAACAGUGAAGGAUUGGACUGAAUGUUUUGGCAUGGUGGAGUAUUUGACACAUAAAAAGGAAUUCAAAUUACAACAGAAAAACUCAAAACUAAGUUUAUGUUAACUGUUAUGUUGAAAAUAAAUCUACUGUUUACCUGCUGUAUAUAAUAAUAUGCCUAAAUUGAUCCCAUUGUUUUAUAUACUAACUACCAAAUAAUUCUGAUACAAAAAUCAUGAAAUAUGUCCAAAUAUCAAAUAUUCAUAGGUUGAAAAGUGUUGAUUUUUUCAUUAAACCUAUGAAUUCAAAAUAUUUGCAUGAUGGUAAAUGGUGUUGGAUCGUUCCCCUAUACCUUGUACUUGUAGUGUUUUAAUUUUUUUUAAGAGCUAACAGGUAGUCAAAAAAAAACUGAUCAUGAUUUUAGAUUUUGAAAAUUCUUUGAUUGCUUUGUGAUUAUCUUUAGAGAUAAAGUAGUUUUUCUCUUGUAGGACACUGGAGUUUUUCUGGCUAAACAUUUUACAUUGGUGAUUUUCAAGUAAUUAAAGCAAAUAGGUUGAAGAAAGCUCAGAUGACUUGAAAAGCAGUUUGGGUAUGGGGUGGUUACCAGAAUAUCUCUAGAUAUAUCAGGUUAUUUUGCAAAAAUAUAUAUGACGAUUUUAAUAUGACGCUGCAUUGAAAUAUUUUGUGUAUACCAGUCAUUACAAAAUAAACUUCUUUAUACAUGAAAACUCAAA